AUGUCUAGCAAGUGGGACCCUUUGACGGACAUGCCCGAUCUCAAGGGCAAAGUCGUUGUUGUAACUGGGGCCAACUCCGGCAUGGGCCUGGCUAUGGUCAAGUUUAUGGCGCUUCGUGGUGCUAAGGUGUACCUCACGGCAAGGUCCAAGGAUAAGGCGGAGCAUGCCCGACAGAGUCUUCAAUCCAGCAACCCAGAACUCGACCAGGAUCAGAUUAUAUGGCUCUCCCUUGACCUGUCAGACUUGAGGAGUGUCAGGGCAGCGGCUGAAGAGUUGAAGAAGAAGGAGAACAAGGUGGACAUCUUGAUUAACAAUGCGGGCGUAGCCACUGCUUCUACAGAAACAGCAGGUCAUGGCUGGGAAUGGCACAUGGCGGUUUGCCAUGUCGGCCACUUCCUCUUCACCAACAGCGUCCUCCCGCUUCUGAAAACCGCCACAAAGGAGAAGGACUCAGAUAGCUACGAGUUCACUUUCGACUCCCCAUCAUUCUUGAGCAAUCCGGUCCCGUACUACCCAAUGCAUUGGCGGUUGGCCAGCCGGCACAUUUUCACAGUGGACAUGAUCCGCUACGCAGUCUCCAAGGUGGCCAACCUCCUAUUCGCGCAGGAACUACAACGCUUGAUGGAUGAGCAGGAGUCGCCCAUCAUAUCCAUCUCUGUUAAUCCUGGAGGUGUGGCUAGUGAUGGGACCAAAGCAAUUGGUGGUUACCUGUUCUCUCUUCUCCGAUCCACGUUCUUGACGGUUGAUCAAGGCGCUGUGACGCCUCUGUUCGCUGCCACAGCUACGGAGGUUCGUCGUAACGCCGACACGUUCAAGGGCAAGUAUCUGGAGCCCUUUGGACAGAUUGUCACUCCUCAUCCUGUUUCCAAGGAUGAGAAGCAGAUUCGAGGCAUGUGGGACAAUACCACCAUUCAGGUCAACAAAUAUCUCGCGGAGAUUGAGCUGGCACCCUUGGAGGCGUGGUGA